GUGACGCCCUAUCCGCAAUCAUGGCAGGGAAAAGAUUUGUGCGAUGUGGGAAAGAAGUGAAGAGGACGUCUGUUGUUUGUAAUGCAUUGAUAUUUUCCUCAGUUGUUAACGCAGCGCGGAAUGAAACCAAGAGGCAUGCAAAUAUUUUUUUGCUGCAGGGCUUCACUUUAUACUUGGGCAUGGAUUUCGAAUCGGAAUGUCCAAAAUGACGUGUAAUUUAUUCUUUCAGCCUAGACAGAGUAGAGCAAAGUGCGUGGCUAGCAACUAGGAUAGCUUCUGUCUAUCCAGCUAACUUUAUUACUGUACUUAUAGAUAGUCUGAUACCGUUAUCUAGCUAACUUUUUCCCAGUUUAGUUGGUAUUUGCAACUUGUCUGUGUCGAUGCCUCUCGACAGUCUUAAACAUUCUGCUAUUCUUUCAACUUUGUUUAAAAUGGCAGACGACAUAGAAUUGAUAGGAGCUUCUGAAUUUAUAAAAGAUCGAUUAUAUUUUGCUACCCUAAGAAGCAAACCAAAAAGCACUGCAAACACACACUACUUCUGCACGGAUGACGAAUUUAUCUAUGAAAACUUCUAUGCAGAUUUUGGACCCCUCCACCUAGCCAUGCUGUAUAGAUAUUGUUGUAAACUCAACAAAAAGCUGAAGUCCUUCACACUGACCAGAAAGCGAAUCGUACACUACACCAGCUUUGACCAGCGGAAAAGGGCCAACGCUGCUGUUUUAAUCGGUGCCUAUGCUGUCAUCUACCUGAAGAAGACUCCAGAGGAGGCCUACAGGGCUCUGAUCUCAGGCUCCAAUUCUUCAUAUCUUCCCUUCAGAGACGCCUCAUUUGGAAACUGCACAUACAACCUGACUAUUCUCGACUGCUUGCAAGGAAUCCGGAAGGCCCUGCAGCAUGGAUUCUUUGACUUUGAGUCGUUUGAUGUGGACGAAUACGAGCACUAUGAGCGAGUUGAAAAUGGAGACUUCAACUGGAUUGUGCCUGGGAAAUUUCUGGCCUUCAGUGGACCCCAUCCCAAAAGUAAAAUAGAAAAUGGCUACCCUCUUCACGCUCCAGAAGCAUACUUCCCCUACUUCCGACAGCACAACGUUACCUCGGUCGUCCGGCUCAACAAGAAGAUCUACGAUGCCCAGCGCUUCACGGAUGCCGGCUUCGACCACUACGACCUGUUCUUUGUAGACGGCAGCACGCCAAGCGACAUAAUCACCCGCCGCUUCCUGCACAUCUGCGAGAGCACCGACGGCGCCGUGGCCGUCCACUGCAAAGCUGGCCUUGGGCGUACAGGCACUCUCAUAGGCUGUUACCUGAUGAAGCACUACCGCUUUACAGCAGCAGAGACCAUUGCCUGGAUCAGAGUCUGCCGACCAGGCUCCGUCAUCGGCCCUCAGCAGCACUUCCUGGACGAGAGGCAAGCAGCCAUGUGGAUGCAAGGAGACGUGCAGCGUUCACAGCAGAAGCAGCUGAGCGGCGUGUCUCGCCUCACCUCCAGCAUGGAUGACCUCACCCUCAACCCCACCCACACCACCAGCCCUGGUGGCAUCCUCAAGUCCCACAGCAUCGACCGCCUCCAAGAGAACGACUACAUUGGAGAGAACGGGCUCUGCAUGACCCAAGGAGAUAAACUGCGUGCCUUAAAGGGCCGGCGCCAGCCCAGGUCUGCCACAACGGGAGCCCUAAGACUUGAAGACAUGAAAAUGCACACCAGGUCACCGUCCCAACCUUUUAGCAGGAUGAACCUCGGAGUGGGCACUCAGGGCACCAUCUCCCCUCUCAAGUCCUCCAAAGUCCCGUCAUCCUCUGCUUCGGCCAGCGCCAAGAGAAUCGGCAGCAGCUCCUCUUCGGCGUCCAACCUCAAGAGCUCCUCCAUCAACUCCAGGCUAGCCAGCUCCCUAGGCAACCUGUAUGCAGCCAACGGCGGUGAGGACAAUAAGAAGCUGCCUUUCGCUCCCACUUCAUCACCACCCUCCUCUCCCCCCUCGUCCAUCGUCACCAUCACUCCAUCGGGCCGGACGGCUCCUGGUCCCUGCUACGUGGCUAACGGCACGCGCGGCACUAAUUACCACCACCACGAGGCCAACAACAAUCAGUAUAAUUCCUCCCCCGCCGGGAUCUUCAGCCACGGUGGCCUCGCGGGGGCCCCACACCACGCUGCAGGCAGGCUGGGGCCCAGGCCUGAGGAUUAUGGCCCCUACAGAUCCCAAAAAGGGGGCUACUCCGGCCUGAGCGGACCCUCUGGCCGCUACCUCAGUCGCUCAAUCCCUUCCCUUCAAUCUGAAUAUGUUCAAUACUAAAUCGGUGGUUCUGCGUUGACCAAGACCGGACAGACACCUUGAAACUGGACCUCUGACCUGGAUGGGAUGGGUCUCCCACCCCCUUUUUUUCUCUCGCAAUAUCUCCCCCACUCUCUCCCACAUACUGAAAGGAAAAUUAAUAAACCAUGGCAUCUGAAUGGGUGUGGUCUUUGGAGACGGGCACAUCGACAGCCACAAACUCCCAAGGGCUCAUGGAACUUUGAGUUUUGGGCUUCUUCUGUCAGCCUCAGAUGGCCUCGGUCCACCCUAACUGCAGUCACUGUUUGGAUAAUGCUUACAAAGGGCGAUUUGUUUUUUUGUUUUUUUUCUGGCGAGCUAUGAUUAGGCUUGGCCAGACUGACUAUGUGAGUGCUCUUUCUUUAAAGCUGAGAUCUGGCCAUAUAGACUUUCCUGUAUCACAUAUCUGUUUUCUUUUAUAUGUUUAUGUGCUAAUACUGUGUACACAUGACUUGUACUGGGGGGGGGGGGGAAUAGUUAAAAAUAAUAAUUUUAGACGAGGUUUUUAUACAUGAAAUAUGACAAUUUUGUUGCCUGGAUAAAGAAAUGUUUAUUUAGAAGUGGUUUAAAGAACAUGUUUUGGUUUAUGACAAUUCUAUUUUUGUCUCUGAGUAACUACUUCACUAACAAUAUAUCUAGAUGAAAAUACGUGAGAUUAAUGGAGAGACGACUUACGGUAUUUUGCGAGCCGUGUUCCUUAUCAACAAAGUAUUUACAGGACCAGGCUCAGUGUAAAGUGCUCUCCUAUUUACGAUUGUGUUUUGUGCGUGGGUGGGGGUGUACGUCCGUGUGUGCAUGUAGUAGCAUGUACGUACCAUAGACUAUGAGAAUAUGUACGUAUGUGUGCAUGAAAGAGAUUGAGUGGUGACCGUGUGUGUAGGGGGUUGUCUAGAGAUAAUGUUUGCAGUCCUCUGGUGAUGGGCUCUAGAGAAGAGAUGUGAAUGGUAGAGAAUUACAUAUAGGGAAGAAAUUAAUGCGGUUUCUUCACUAUUCUAAAAAAAAUGUUUUUUUGUUUUUGAUUAAGUCAAUUCAAUUGACUGGUGGGUUUUGGUACCCCAUUUUCAAUUGGAACUAAUAAAUCAUGUUCUCCUCUGUCGCAAGCCUACAGGAGAUUUGCAUAUCCAUGGGACAACUAUAGGAUAAAAACUAGUCAUACCUGCAACCAGCGUUGUGUAGGCCUUGUGACUAUGUACUGUAUGUUUAGCAUGACAAACCAAAAGGAUGAUUCAAACCGUGGUCAUUACUAGAGGAAAUUUGAGGUGUGGUGUUGGACCGACACCACCCACAACAUAAGCCUCAGUCCCUACAGUAUACUGUUCAUGCCAGGCAGCUCAGCAACCCUCUCCACAGACACAGGAUCCCACUGCAAUCAUGCUCUUUUUAAUGGGAAAAUGUUUGAUUUUCAGUGUUAUUCGACACUCAUUGACUCGCUGUAGAUUACGAAACUUGAUUUCGUGGCAGCCUAUUUUUAAACGCGCGCGCACACACACACCCUACUGUAGAACCAAUUAUGUUCGUUUUAUAGUUCAAGGGGCAGUGGAAGUUCAUCGCUAUUACUGAAAUAUUUCCAUGUCGUGUGGCGUGUUUUUGUUGAAUGUAAAAACAAGUCAGAGACUGUUUUUCCUGGCUUGUGGGUAUUAUAAUUAGUUCUGCUUGUAGAUGGAGAGAACUUUUCAGCUUUGCAGGUAGAGGUUCCUAAAAAAAAAAAUGAAAAGCACAACUGUCCCCCCAAAAAAUGCUUUCUUUAGAAUGUAAUGCUGGAUGUCAUUGGGUGCACAAUGCAUCAGUCAUUAUCAAAGCUGGUUUUCUACCAAUGAGUAUGGCCUACGAUGGCCCAACUAAGUACAUUUUCUGUUGGACCUUGUAACAAUAGAUCCAUAUAUUUGGAUGCUUCUUAUUUUUUUAUUUUAUGUAGUUGAAUAUUGAAGUUGAUUUGGGGGAGAGAAAAAAAUGGAUACAGAAGCAUUUGUUUAUCACUGAUUUGAUCAUUUUUGUUAUUAUUUUAGACCUCUGUACAUUCCUGGCAGUGAAAUUAUUUUGUUUCAAAAUGGGGGAAUCUUAAUGCAGGUGUUCUACCUCCAUGAAAUGUACAAUUUUAAUAGCAAAAUUCUUACAUGCAUAUAUUUUUUCAAGCUGUAUGUAAAGAAAAUGUUAUAACUGUAGAUCAGUAAGCAUACUAAAAUGCAAAUGUCUCUACUGUAUGUACACAGAGCAAAAAUAUAAACGCAACAUUUUAAAAGAUUUUCAUUUAAGGAAAUCAGUCAAUUAAAAUAAUUGCAUUAGGCCCUAAUCUAUGGAUUUCACAUGACUGGGGAUACAGAUAUGCAUCUGUUAGCCACAGAUACUGUACUUAGGUAGUGCUGUGGACCAGGAAAAAAAAAAACUGUCCUUAUCUGGUGUGACCACCAGUUCCACUCCUCUUCAAUGACUUGGCUGUGCGAAGUUGCUGGAUAUUGGCAGGAACUGGAACAUGCUGUCGUACAUAUCGAUCCAGUGCAUCCCAAAAGUGCUCAAUGGGUGACAUAUCUGGUGAGUAUGCAGGCCUUGGAAGAACUGGGACAUUUUCAGCUUCCGGGAAUUGUGUACAGAACCUAGCGACAUAUAGGGCCAUGCAUUGUCAUGCGGAAACAUGAGGUGAUGGCGGCGAAUGAAUGGCAUAACAAUGGCCCUCAGUAUCUCGUCACAGUAUUUCUGUACAUUCAAAUUGCCAUUGAUAAAAUGUUAUUGUGUUCAUUGCCCAUAGCUUAUGCCUGCCCAUACCAUAAUCGCACAACCAUCAUGUGGCACUCUGCUCACAAUGUUGACAUCCGCAAACCACUCACCCACACGAUUCCAUACACGCUGUCUGCCAUCUGCCCGGUACAGUUGAAACUGCGAUUUCAGCCAUGAAGAGCACACUUCUCCAGCAUGCCAGUGGCUAUUGAAGGUCACCAUUUGCCAACUGAAGUCUGUUACGACGCUGUACUGCAGUCGGGUCAAGACCCUGGUGAGGACGACAAGCACGCAGAUAAGCUUCACUGAGACAGUUUGUGCCAAAAUGCUUUGGUUGUGCAAACCCACAGUUUCAUUAGACGAUCCCGCAGGUGAAGAAGCCGGAUGUGUAGGUCCUGGGAUGGCGUGGUUGGAUAUACGGCUAUAUUCUCUCAAAUGGGGUUGGAGGUGGCUUAUGGUAGAGAAAAUGAACAUUCAAUUCACUAACUGAUGGGCAUUCCUGUGGUCAGCAUGCCAAUUGGCAUGCGUUGUGUGACACAACGGCAUAUUUUAGUGUCCCCAGCACAAGGUGCACCUGUGUAAUGACCGCGCUGUUUCAUCAGCUUCUUGAUAUGCCCCACCUGUCAGGUGGAUGGAUUAUCUUGGCAAAGGAGAAUUGCUCCCUGAGGGAUGUAAACAAAUGUGUGCAUAAAACUUGAGCAAAAUACGUAUUUGUGCAUAUAGCACAUUUCUGGUAUCUUUUUGUUUCAGCUCAUGGGACCAAUACUUAACAUAUUGCGUUGUAUAAUUUUUGUUCAGUGUAUAUAUUUUACAUUUACAGUUAAUGCAGGUUUCUAAAGUAACAAAAUAAAAACACAUUUUAAAGA